UCCCAACUGCCAUUUUGUGGCAGAGGCUACUCUGCUAAAGCGGGAGAGGGAUUAAAACAAACUGCGAAGAAGCCUGCAUUUCUUACCAGCCUGAUAAACUUUGUAGCUCAGACUCUCUGCUUUCGGCCGAGUUAAACGGGAAGAGAAUCACACCACAAAGAGGUUUUUCAGUCAGGUAGCAGCCUGAAGCCUCAGGUUGACAGGGACAGUCAGGUAGCAGACAUUUGACUCAGCAAAGCUCAGGGAGCCACAAAGCAAAAAGGAGAUCCACCUGUAUGACAGCCCUGCAGACUGCAGCCCAGUCUACAGAAAUGAUGAAAACAGUUAAUUUAUCGUUGCUUCUCCAGUUCCUACCCAGCAUGGACGGAGGGCCAACAGAGGGUGUUGGGGGGGUGGAGGUCUCUGCCAAAGACUUCCCCUCCAUCCAGGCCGUUCACAGCCAGGAUGCCAUGGUGGCUGAUCUCCUACAGCAAGCUGCAGAGGCCGGGGCCGUAGUAGACGGACAAGCUGGAGUCCUCCUGGAUCAAGGUCACGGGGAAGGAAUGGUAGCAGCCACCCAGCAGCAGCUGAUGGAAGCUGGGGUGGGAGUUAGUGUGGAAGGUGGAGCAGGGGUUGAAAUGAUGGUUAUGGACUCACUGGAUCCUACCCUGUUACAGAUGAAGACUGAGGUGAUCGAUGCUGCAGUCGGGGGAUCAUCAGCGACUGUGGGUGUUGUUGGAGGGGUAGCGGGUGCUGCUCACCAAGCAACUGUAACAACAGUGGACCAGACUCAAAUCAUCACACUACAGGUGGUAAACAUGGAGGAGCAAGCGGCUUUAGGUCUGGGGGAGCUUCAGCUGGUCCAGGUGCCUGUUUCUGCCACCACUGUAGAGGCCCUGCAACAAGGCACGUUUGUAGACACAACAGCUAUGCCAAAGGACGGAGACCCGGUUAUCUGCCACACCUUGCCUCUGCCUGAGGGCUUUCAGGUAGUUAAGGUUGGUGCUAAUGGGGAGGUGGAGACAGUGGAGCAGGAGGAAGGGGGAGGCGAAGCCCACCCUGAAGAGGAGGAAGAUGAGGAGGUGGGGAACCAGCUUAUGGAAGAAGGGGAGGAUGAGCCCAUUCAGCCUCCAACUGAUGACCCAAACUGGGCUAAAGACCCGGACUAUCAGCCACCAUCUGGAGUUGUCAAGAAGACCAAAAAGGGUAAGAAGAGUCGUCUGCGCUAUGCUGAAGGAGAUAAGGACAUGGAUGUCAGUGUGUAUGACUUUGAAGAGGAACAGCAGGAGGGCCUUCUGUCUGAGGUCAACGCUGAGAAAGUAGUGGGCAACAUGAAACCACCCAAACCCACCAAGAUCAAGAAGAAAGGAGUGAAGAAGACGUUUCAGUGUGAGCUGUGUAGCUAUACCUGCCCUCGACGCUCCAACCUGGACAGACACAUGAAGAGCCACACAGACGAAAGACCUCACAAAUGUCACUUGUGUGGAAGAGCCUUCAGGACGGUCACCCUGCUGAGAAACCAUCUCAAUACACAUACGGGAACUCGUCCACACAAGUGCACAGACUGUGAUAUGGCUUUUGUGACUAGUGGGGAGCUGGUUCGUCAUCGUCGCUACAAACACACACAUGAGAAACCCUUCAAAUGCUCAAUGUGUGACUAUGCCAGUGUUGAGGUGAGCAAACUAAAACGCCACAUUCGGUCCCACACUGGCGAGCGCCCAUUCCAGUGCAGUCUUUGCAGCUACGCGAGUAGAGACACAUACAAGCUGAAGAGACACAUGAGGACACACUCAGGAGAAAAACCUUAUGAGUGUUACAUCUGCCAUGCCCGAUUCACCCAGAGUGGAACCAUGAAGAUGCACAUUCUGCAGAAGCAUACAGAGAAUGUGGCCAAAUUCCACUGUCCACACUGUGACACUGUCAUCGCACGCAAGAGUGACUUAGGUGUGCACCUUCGUAAGCAGCACUCAUUUAUUGAGACUGGAAAAAAGUGUCGUUACUGUGACGCCGUUUUCCAUGAGCGCUACGCUCUGAUUCAGCAUCAGAAGUCCCACAAGAAUGAGAAGAGGUUCAAAUGCGACAUGUGUGACUACUGCUGCCGCCAGGAACGCCACAUGGUGAUGCAUCGUCGAACCCACACCGGAGAGAAACCAUACGCCUGCAGCCAGUGUGAAAAGACCUUCAGACAGAAGCAGCUGCUGGACAUGCACUUCAAACGCUACCACGACCCCAACUUUGUUCCCACCGCCUUCGUCUGUCCCAAGUGUAGUAAGACAUUCACUCGCAGGAACACCAUGGCUCGCCAUGCUGAGAACUGCAGCGGUGAGGUGGAGGAUGCUGAGAAUGGAGCUCCAACCCCAAAGAAAGGGAGGAGAGGAAGAAAGAGGAAGAUGAGGAGCAGGAGAGAUGAGGAUGACAGUGAGGAUGAUCACGCUGAACCUGACGAAGACGAGGAGGCUGAGGGGGAGGGGGAGGAAGAAGCAUCACUGCUACAGGAAGAGGAGGAGGCAGAAAGCAUGGAAUUGGAUCAGGCCCCUGCCGCCAUCCCAGUACCGGCUCCUGAUGAGCCACCGGUCAAGAGGAAACGAGGCCGACCCCCAAAAAAUGCCCCCAAGCCUCCAACACCCUGCAAGUCAGUUAGGGUGGCUGCCAAGAUGACUGCUUCUGCUGCUGCAAUCAUUCAGGUGGAAGAUGAGAGCACUGGAGCAGUAGAGAACAUCAUAGUGAAGAAGGAGGAUGGCGAUGCCUCUGUAGCGACACCGCUGGAGCAGGGAGUGGCCCUGACUGUGGAGGGGGUGGGGCUAGACGGGGAAGGGGUGGAGACUGUUGAGCUGGCUGUGAAUGAGGAAACAGCGGCCGCUGCUGCCAACGGAGAUCUGACACCAGAGAUGAUCCUCAGCAUGAUGGACCGGUGAACAGAACAGCCACAUGCAUGUAGCCGGACUAUGAGUCAGAUUGGCAAAUACACAUUAACAUUUCCACAUCCUUGGCCUUCACCUGAUGUUCCAUCUGUGUGAGCUUUUAAAGGCAGCCAUUUUGCCUCCAUUGAAGUGGCUGCAAAAAUGGUGGCAGCAAAAACAACCAUGUACAAAGAAGGGAAGCUGCAUGUAAAUACUUAGAAAGUAACUUCAAAUCCAUGUACAUCGACCUGCAUACUGAUGUUUGUGGGUCACACACACACACACACACACACACACACACACACACACACACACACACACACACACACACACACACAAAAUACGCAAUCCCACUGCACAUACUUGUGUCAUCUCCACAUCAUAUACAAAUAUUAUCAAGCUAAUUACAGACUACUCCCUGCUCUUAAAUGCUUUUUUCAGUUUGAAUGUCUUCUGAAUGAAUCAUUGUGGAUUUUGUUACUUUUUUUUCUACCCAAAGCCACAUCCUGUGUCAGUCUAUGCCGUUCAUGUUCAGCUCCUCUUCAUGUUGCUCUGCCAAAGGAGACAUUAUUUGGUCGACCUUCACUUUUCACUUUGUUUUUCUUCUGGCCUGCUUGCUGUUCUCUUGCAACCAUGCUAAUUUAGCAAAUUCCAAGCCUUUCUAUGUGUAUAUAUAGAUAUAAAUGUAGUAUUUCCUAAUGAAAUGUAGUACACGGUACUCAAGUUUGCCUCUGAGAUACCACUUGCUCUCAGUCAUAUGAUGUGUAUAUUUUUCCCCCAUAGUAUGAUUUCCGCCUUGGCCUGUGUAAACACAGGGUCAGUGUUGUGGUGUUAGUAUUUGGCUGUUUGUAUAUGGAGGCUUUUAUCGUAGGAUCAGAAGGAUUCUUCUUUAUACAUGAGCAAAUGGGCACAGGCAGAUACCGUCAAAUGAAUGAAGUCAGUGAGUCAGCUGCCCAGUUCACCAGCACUCAACCUUGUUUUAAUGGAAAUCCGCCCUCAGUCAACUCAGGCAAAUUAAAUACUUGAGGUUGCUGCUAAUUUAGUUUCCCAGCACUAACAUAGUUUGAGAUGAAGUUCAUUAUCAGCCGUUUCCCCCCCUACCUAUCACUGAUCCCUGCUGGUGGGUACAGAUGGGUACAGAUAAUCUUGAUUUAGGUGGUAGAAUAUUGUAAUAUAGUUGUGAUUUUGAACAUUCCAACUACUUUAAUUAACAUGGAAUUAUGUCUAUGCAUCUGAAUCAGUUCACUUGAAGUAAUCAGCAGUAAUAAACUCCAACAUGUUUUGCAAGCUAAUACCAGCCACCCCCCACAGCAAUCCAUGAUCACCAAACAUGGUUUGCAUGUAACAACAUUUUAAACCCUUUGCUUUUUGAUUUCUUGUGAACCAUUUUUAAUGUAUUUAAAUGGCUGACUUUGACAUGUGUUGGUUAAAAGUUUUUUUCAGUGUCAUACCUUGUCCUCCACGCCCUUAGCCUGUAAAGGUGAUUUGCAGAAUGACCUUUCCAUUGUGCUUUCCUUCCACAGAUAAGCUCUUCUUAACCAAACUGAACUAUCUGAACCACUCAUGUUUCUGUCUGUAUUCUGUUGCUCAUGACCAUUUUGGAUCUGCUCUGAUACUGUUCUACGGUUUUCAUGUUUGGCCAUUUUGCAGUUUCUGUGCAGUUGGUUCGGUUCAGUAGUGUGACAGAAGCGUAGUCUUAUUCAGUUUAACCUUUUGGCCCAAAGGUGUGAGAUUAGUUUGACGUAUAAGGAACAAGAGCUUUUGGAGAAUUUGCUGAAAGAAAAAACAGUUUGGCAACCAUCUAAAAGCUUUAAUAAUGUUUUUGAUUGGUGACAGUUUUUAGAAGCUCUGUAUUUGUUUGCUGUGCUAUGUGACUUAAUUGGGUAGUCCAAAUCAGCCCUGAACUGAGGCCCGUUUAGCCCAAGUCUUGCAAUUCCAGUAGCCCUGAGCUGUCGGAUGGUGUGCAUUUGCAGCUGAUACCAAGGUGUGUCUUUACCUUGGCCCACGCCAGUCACUCCAAAUCAGAGCCUAGUUUUCUUUACAAAAACACAGGAUUAGGAUCAAGGUUAGAACUAAAUGAAUCUUCAUGGUCAGAAUCUCAACAAAUCAUAUGAUUUGAGUCUUCUGAAGGUGUGAAUCCUUAGACUAGGGCUAAAAGCUCUGCAGUGACAGUUUGACCACAGGUUAUGAUGGUUGUUAUGUGGCCUUCCUUCCAGGCUGUAAGGAACCAUGGACACAGAGAUAGCAGUGCCAAGAUACUGAUACUAAAAGAAGGUAUGUGAGGAAAUCAGUGUUUGUACAUCAGAUUGACACUUUUGCAAGAAUCAUUCAAAAACCUUUCUGUGAGUGCACUGCUGUGGUCUGAGGUCUCAUUCUGUAAAACACAAAUGAGCAAAAUGUUUUGUUAUCAAUCUAUCAUGUUAUUGUUCUGCAGGAGGACGGAUGGAAGAUGGAUGUUCGACUGUUCCCGUAGCGACAGUAUUGUUUUUUUGUUUGCACAUAGCUUUGCUUUGUUUGUUUGUUUUGGCAGAAGAAUUGAGAGAACAGUUUUAAGGUGGUUUUAACCACAUUACUGUUUUAAGACCAAGAAAACAGAUGAGGCACUGUACAGCUGAUGAAAAAUAAAAUCCUCCUAACGGGUCCA